GCAUCGGAUGUGUCACUCAAACAUGCAGUAUUACGGAACAUUUUAAGGAAGAAACGAAGUAAAAACAAAACGGAUAUUAAAUAGAAAAAGGAAUUGUAUAACCAAAGUCGUUACUAACACAUCCCUAGAAUCAUAUGAAUUUAGUUACACAUGAUAUAAUAAUCUGAAAACAUAGUUUGAAGGGAAACAAAGUAAAUAUGAGAACUAAAGCUAUAAAACCCAAAGGUAGAAUCCUGUAGCCUUGAUCUUCACUUGAAUCCGUCUUCAACCUCUUGCACAACGAAGAACUCUCGAAUAUUAUGCUCUAUAAUGGUGAGGCAAAAAGCGUGUAAAGUAAAGUAUGAGUGUCUCUAAAGAAGAGGUUUGAGGGGGUAUAUAUAGUGAAUGGGUCGAAUCCUAUUGGUAGAAGGAAAAAGGUGGCUAAUUUUGGUAAAAUCUGGAGAGAAAAUAGGUCAACUCGUGCGCCGCUUUUUCGCAGCGGACCGCUGUACCUUGGCCAGCGGUCGCUGUGCGUUGUCCGUAGCUUCUGCCCAUUUGUGUAGCGGUCGCUGCAAAUUAGUCCAGUGGCUUCGAGACCUUCUCGAGCGGUCGCUGGGCGUCUUCAGAUUUUUAGCACAACUUUCUCUGGAGUGGGCCGCUAUAGGCGUAGCUGUCGCUGGGCCCAGCGGUCGCUGCGACACACGCAGCGGGCCGCUAGCCGUCUUAAAUGCUCCAGACUUCCAUCUUCGACUUUUUCCAAUCUUUUUAAGCUCAAAUAUGCACGAUUCUCACAAAACAUGUCAAAAUACCAUAAUAGAUAAAACAAGUAAAAUACGGACAUGAAUUGCGAUUUAGACAUUGAAAACAGACCAAAUAAGGGCCUUAAAACAGUGCAAAAUCCGAGCGUAUCACCUACUCCCCUCCCCGGUCGAUGUCGUCCACCACGAGCAUCCACGUGACGGCUCUCGAAGGCCCGGUGAAUGUGAACUCCCUCUUCACCAUCGCUGUGUUCGUCGGGCUCUCUCUGGCGACGCCGGGGCAGCACAACCUCGAGAAUCGGUCGGGCUGCGAUGCCGGCGUGGACAUCACAAAGAAGCGGCUGGUGUUCGAGGUGGUUUCGUUCAGCUUCUUCCUGUUCUCCUCGCUGGUGGCUCAGGGGCUGAAAUUGGCGAUCAAUUUGCUGAACAACAAGGAUGUGGACGAGAUAUUUAGGGCUCACAUAAAUCUGAAGGUGAUGAGAUUUGGGAUGAUGGCGUCGGUGAUACGGAGAAAAUUUAUAAAAAUAAUUAUGGAAUUAAUUAGAGAGUAAAAAAU